GCUCAACGCGCGUUUGGUCGCGGUAAUCACUCGAGAAACCUUUUCUGUGAUCUUGGUUAAACCAAAAGGAAGUCCUGGCCGGGUUCACUCGCGCUUCUUAUUUUACAAUAACAGGAAACUCAUUAUGGGUAUUAAGCACUUGUACCAGGUAAUCGCGGAGAAUGCCCCUGAUGCGAUCAAGGCGGGAGAUAUCAAAAACCAUUUUGGCCGAAAGGUUGCUAUAGAUGCCUCCAUGAGUAUCUACAGUUUCCUUAUUGCCGUGCGCUCCGAGGGCCAACAACUCAUGAGCGACACCGGUGAGACCACGUCGCAUCUGAUGGGCAUGUUCUACCGCACUUUGCGAAUGGUCGACAACGGAAUUAAACCUCUUUAUGUCUUUGAUGGAGCUCCGCCAAAGCUGAAGUCUGGCGAGCUGGCCAAGCGUACCGCUCGAAAAGCCGAAGCUACUGAGGCUCAUGAGGAGGCCAAGGAAACCGGCACAGCGGAGGACGUUGAGAAGUUUUCACGGCGUACGGUACGGGUUACGAGAGAUCACAAUGCGGAGUGCAAGAAGCUAUUGAAGCUUAUGGGUAUCCCAUAUAUUGAUGCCCCCACCGAGGCAGAGGCGCAGUGCGCAGUUCUUGCACGGGCGGGAAAGGUCUACGCUGCUGCUUCCGAGGAUAUGGACACGUUAUGCUUUGAGGCACCCAUUCUUCUGAGGCAUCUUACGUUCAGCGAACAGCGAAAGGAACCGAUCCUAGAAAUUCAUCUCAGCCGCGCGCUGGAAGGACUCGAUAUGGACCGAAAGCAGUUUAUCGAUCUUUGUAUCUUACUUGGCUGCGAUUACUUGGAGCCAAUUCCCAAAGUUGGACCUAAUACUGCCCUGAAAUUCAUUCGGGAGUUCGGGAGCCUCGAGAAGGUUGUUGAGCAUAUGGAGAACGACCCGAAAAAGAAAUACGUUAUUCCGGAAGACUGGCCAUAUCAGGAUGCAAGAGAGCUUUUUCUCAACCCAGACGUGAGAGAUGCUAGCCACCCAGACUGCGAUUUCAAAUGGGAGGCACCAGAUAUUGAAGGCCUUGUGGAAUUCUUAGUGAAAGAUAAGGGCUUCAACGAGGAUCGAGUACGCAACGGCGCAGCUCGGCUCCAGAAGAAUUUGAAGACUGCCCAGCAGUCACGUCUAGAGGGCUUUUUCAAACCUGUGGCCCGGACCGAUGAGGAGAAGGCGAACCUCAAGCGUAAGCACGACGAAAAACUUCAGGAACAGAAGAAGCGUAAAAAGGAGGAGGCCAAAGCCAAGAAGGAGGCUAAGGCAAGACCCCGCGGUGCUGGGUGAGGGAUUCGCUCACCUUGAUCCAGUCAAUGUUUUUGCGCGACAAGGAAGUUUUUGAAAAUGCGACGGCUAAGUAGGGGGGUCAAAAAAAAACAAUAAGAUGGCGUUGGCGUUGCGUGAUAAGCUCACUGGAUUGUCGGUUUGGCUUUUGGUUCUGAGAUGCGGCGUUUCAUUGAUGGUGUGCAAAUCACGGACUGUAAUUUUUGUAUAUUCUAUGAAUAAAGGCUACGACAUUUGUACAAGAGGGUAGGGAGAUGUGGUCGUCUCUAGCGUUUAUCAUAUUCGAAGGCAUGCCUUUUCUUCUAUCGGAGGGUUUGCCAUCGUGGGUCGGUAAGGUCAGGCCGCCAUGUGCCGAGAGACGUUCUCAGUGAAACCCAGCUUGGAUUCUGUGAUCCCUCAGCGAAGAAGCAUGAAAGUAGUAAACAUAAUGCCUUAUCACAUGGACAUACCCAUUCUUCACCACUAGGCAAUACAGGGAAUUGUUUUGCUGGUUGUGACGGUCCGUGGUGGGGUUGGGCAUUGUUGUAGUGAUAGACACCAUUGUACCUCAACACAGCGGGUAUUGAUUUCUCUGAUUAUAUCGGGAAAUAUGACUAAUCUUCGUUUUAGAUGAUGCAGCUACUGGGCUAUUAUCUCUAGGAGACGAGGGUUCGCUGUUGCUACCACUGUGGUGC